CGGCCCCGACCCUCACACCCGCCCGCCAAGGACUUCUUCAUCACCACCAGCCACGACGGUACCGGCCCCACCUCAAGACCCGACCUCAAGAUCGACAGUUCUUCAAGAUGCCAGUCAAGAAAGUUGUCAAGAAGAACCCUGCUGCCGCUCAGUCGGCCAAGCCUGGACGAAACAGCAAGAGUGCUAAGAACCCACUCCUUGAACGUCGUCCUAAGAACUUCGGCAUUGGUCAGGAUAUCCAGCCUACCCGUGACCUCACCCGAUUCGUCAAAUGGCCUGAAUACGUCCGUCUUCAGCGUCAAAAGGUGAUCCUCAACCAACGUCUGAAGGUCCCACCCUCGAUUGCUCAAUUCAGCAAUCACCUCGACAAGAACACCGCCACCCAACUCUUCCGCUUGAUGCACAAGUACCGACCCGAGUCUCGUCAACAAAAGAAGGCUCGUCUCGGCGCCCAAGCCGAAGCCAUUGCCAAGGGUGACGCCAAGAAGGGCGAGCCAAUUGGCAAGAAGCCUAUCUACGUCAAAUACGGUCUCAACCACAUCGUCGCUUUAAUUGAGGCCAAGAAGGCUUCGUUGGUUGUGAUUGCUGAUGAUGUGGACCCCAUCGAGCUGGUUGUCUUCAUCCCUGCCCUUUGCCGAAAGAUGGGUGUGCCUUACUGCAUUGUCAAGAACAAGGCCCGACUCGGCACCGUUGUUCACAAGAAGACUGCUGCCGUUGUCGCUUUCACUGACAUCCGCAGCGAGGACAAGAACGAGCUUGCCAAAUUGGUCAGCGCUGUCAAGGUGAACUUUUUGGAGAAGUACGAGGAUGCUAAACGACACUGGGGUGGUGGUAUCCGGGGUAACAAAUCGUUUGCUAUGCUCCAAAAACGUGCCAAGGCUGCUGGUCAAUCAGCAGCUUCGGUUUCGAAGACCAUCUGA